CCUCCCCUGGCAAACUUCCUCUCUUCCCGUCAUCCUAUGCAACUUCCUUUCAACACAUUGCCAUCCCUUCGAAACAAGGAAAAUGGCUCCACCACGCAGAAGGGAAAAGAAGAAGUCUGUAACAAAUGAGGUGAUCACCAAGGAGUGCACCAUCCAUAUUCACAAGAGGAUCCAUGGAAUUGGCUUCAAAAAGAGGGCCCCCAGAUCCAUCAAGGAGAUCCGUAAAUUUGCUGAGAAAAUGAUGGGAACUCCUGAUGUUCGUGUGGACACCAGGCUGAACAAGCACAUGUGGUCCAAGGGAGUCAGGAAUGUCCCAUUCAGAGUCCGCGUCCGCCUUGCCCGUAAGAGGAACGAAGAUGAAGACUCAACACACAGACUGUACACCCUCGUCACCUUUGUUCCCUGUGUGGAAUUUAAAGGUAAACAGACCAUCAAUGUGGAUAACGAGUAAAUGUGUGUAUAAGGGUGAAUAAAAAGAAAAAAAUC